AAAAACAUUUUAAUCAGUUGCAAAUCUGGACCAUCCCACAAAAGAGCUGAGUCAGAAUAUUAAACACUGAAGGCAAUGAGAAUAAACCCAGAGCACAGCCUGUUUGGAGAGAUUGCCUGGAAAGAAAAAAAAUCUCUCUCUAAAGAACAACACAAAAGAUCUGGAGUGACAUCUUUUGGAGAAAACCAAAAACACACGUGUCAUAUCAACUGUCAAGCAUGGCAGUGGAGGGAUGAUGAUCUGUGCAGACACUUGUUGAUUGUGAACAGCUAUUAGCAAAACAAGCAGAUAACAUGGAGCUCUGCAUUCAAACACUAAAGGAAUAUUUUUCUUAAACACCUCUUUUGUACAGUAGUGUGUAUACACGUGAUUUGAUAUCAUGAAAAGCCUCAGAAUUGCAAUUAAGUUGUUUAUUUCUGCUACUGUCAGUUAGCAUUUGAGGCUUGGUGGCCAUUUUGAAUUUCAAGUCAAGGUUAGUUAGAAAUUUCUACUUUAUGAAGAGAUUCCAGCGAUUUUUCUGAACACUUUUUAACUAGUUCCAAGCUAUAAAAUCAUCGUUUCCCAUUUUUAUGAACGCACACCUGCAUCAGUCGGUGUUUUCUUCUUUUCAUGUAAUCUCACACAGUCAUGAUGCGACUAUCACUACUUGGAGGGGCCAGCACCAUCUGUUGCAAGAUGAGGUAGUUCUUUAUGGUCUUGUUUACUUAACUGAGUGUCACCUUCUGACCUUUUUACGGAAGACUUCAGAUAAAUCACAUGAAUUUAGAUCAUUGUGUUUUUGUUAAUUUGGAGUAAAAAGUAAAUAAGAGCAAAGCAUGGUGUCCCUCUAACGUCAUUUUUGUCAUGAGCCAUGACUCAGCAAUGAACCCGAGACUCCCGCUGCUGAGCAGAGAUCUGUGUUAGUAAGGCGAAGGGGCGGGGCGUGGAGACUCGGUACGAAGGGGGCGGAGCUUGGUAGUAAGCUGACGCCUUCCCUUUUCCAUCGAGACAGAGCAGCCUCCUCCUGUAGAAAAUUAUUCUUGGCUGAAUACGAAUGACUUCUUCCCCUCCCGAUCCUCGCCAAAGCGGAAGGAGCCGACAGUUUCCCGAGACAGGACGGCUCGCGGUCGAACACGCAAAAAGGAAACCGGGAGCCCCCUCGGUCAGCGACGCAUACCUGUCCGUGUGGCAUGUGACAGCUCGCGGGCGCCUUGCCGCGUGAAGAGGGGAUAAAGGACAGCGGCUCCGCAGACAGGACUCGACCUUUCCGCGUAGACCGACGGAGUAAUGAACUCCUCCGAUGAUACCGGCUCUCCCGCCACAAAGGAGAUGGAGUGGCUGUGCGGAGCAAAGCUCCACUUCUGGGAACCCAACCAGACAUUCCACACAGACCUGCCCGACCUCUCCGAGUGUUUCCAGCUGUCCGUCCUGGCAUGGCUGCCCUGCGUCUUCCUAUGGGUAGCCUCUCCGGCCUACAUCUACUACCUGAAGAAGAGCAGCCGAGGGUACAUCAUGAUGUCGCUGCUGAACAGGUUCAAAACAGCGUUCGGCUUGUUGCUCUGGAUCGUGUGCUGGGCCGACCUCUUCCACACAUUUCACGAGCUGCAGCAGGGUCAGUCCCCGCCCCCCAUCUAUUUCAUCUCCCCGCUGGUGCUCGGCAUCACCAUG